AUCACAAAACCCGGACUGGAGUCUGGCAACAGAAGCAUUUGACUAGCUUUGUGCGGUUUUGGCUAAAAACCGGUUGGGAUCAUCGUCCGCCGUCGUGCCCCCUAGAGGUCGGAGGGAUACUUUGAAACUUUACUCAAAAUGAAGGAGCACCUUGUGCAGGAGCAGGAACAGCUGCGACAGGAGUGUCUGCACCUUCAGUCCAGACUGGAUGCAGUGCAGUCUGACUGUCAGAAAGAGAGAGAGGAGAAGCUGCUGUUACGUGAGCAGCUGUGGCAGAGUGGAGCAGAGCUGCAGCAGCAGGCAGACUUCUGCUCUGGUCUGGGAUCUGCGACCUGCAGUCUGCUGUGGAGCUGCUCUGCCUCCGAGGACACGGUCACACACUGGCUGGCUGAUGGGAAGCUGCAGUCCUUUCUGACUGUAGCUGGCCAGACUCUGGAGAGCUUUGUCAGGUCUUUGGAUUCAGAGGUGAAAACUCAAACUGAGGACCACAACUCCCAGGAGCACCAGUUUGUGUUGGCUCUGGCUGGAACCAUUACCAACAUAGCAGCAGUAACGAGUGGGCGGAACUUCCUGUCCAGUGAAGCUCACAUCCUGCUGGACACUCUGGUGAAGCUUCUGGAGCUGAUGAAGCCUGGUGUCUUCCCUAAACUGAAAGUGUUGAUGCUGAUGGCUCUGUAUAACGUCAGCAUCAGUGUUAAAGGGCUGAAGUACAUCAUUGAGAACCCAGGACUCAUGCCUCUCAUCUGGACCCUGCUGAACGAUGGAGACUGGGAGGUGUGUCUCCACUCUCUGCGUCUCCUGCAGUCGGUGCUGUUGGAGGAGGAGGUGCUGCUCCCGCUGGGCAGCUCUCUGCUGGAUCCGGAUCUCCAGGCUCGGGUCAGCCAGCUCACUUCCAGUGUGAAACCAAGCCUGAGGCAAGCUGCUCAGCAGACCCUGGAGGACCUGCAGGCCCUCCAACAGGGUCGGGGAUGAUGUGGAUUCAGUAUCUGCGGUCCAGUCCUCCUCCUGUGUUAACUUCCCUUCAUGUCUUCCUGUGUUUGCCCUGUUAUUAGCACUUCAUGUGCAAAGUUAGGAGGAAAAAAUAGAUUUUCAUUCAUUCACUUUUGUUCAAGUUAAACCUGCAUAUUAAAUUAAAACAAAGAGCCUUUUAUAUCUAAACUCUUUGAGAUUUCAGACUUGUUACAUUAUUGUUCCUUAAUUGGUUCUAACCCGCUGAGUGUAAAUACGAUCAUACAUGUUUCUACAAGGCAUAUUAAAGAUGAUGUUUGCAUACAUUCAGGGCACUGUCCUUCAGUUUUCUGAGACUGAUGCAAUAUUUGUUUGAUAUAUACAGCUGCUUCAAAAAAUGUUCAGACCCCAUUAGUUUCCUCUUUAUAAUGUUAGCGGAUAAAGUAUUUUUCUCUCAUCAAUCGACACUCAUUGAUCCAUACUGACUCAAACUCAGUAUCCAGACUCGUGGUCAGAUGCAUCGUGUUGGCUUUGACUGGAGUUCAACUGUGGCAAAUUGAAAAUGAUCGGACAUGGGCACAUACCUGUGUUAACUUCAUGUAGCACAUUAAAGUUUGUUUCUGUAUUAUUCCCAGUGCUGCCACUUUGUGUGACGCAGAUUGGCUCCUGCUCAUUUCUGUUUAAUCUUCUUCUCAAUUUCUAAUCUUAUGACAAUAUCUAUCUUUUGCUACACACUGUGUGCUAAAUUCAUAGACUGGAAAAGCUUGCAAGUGUAAGUAAUGAGAUGCACAGAAGGCUUGCUUCACUGAACUGCU